AUGUCCAGUCAGGCGCCUUUGGGGUCGGCCGGUUUCUUCUGGCCCCCCGUUGGCAUCGACCUGCCUCCGAGUUUGUUGUCAGCCGCGGCUGCUGCUGCUGCCGCUGCUACUGCGGCCGCGGCCGCUGCAGUUGGUGUCACGCCAGGCUCCACUUCCAGCUCCCUCGGAGGCGGUCAGAAGUCUCCGGGUGGAGGCAAUGGACCAGUGACGAUGCCACUCAUGCUGCCACCACCGACUCUGUUGGGCAUUGCGAGGCCCAGUUUGGCUGCUGGUCCACACGGUGCUGUAUCUCUGCCGACGACCCCAUUCGGCAUGGUUGGCUGUGCCGGUCAGACCGUCUCGCCUCAUGUCGGCCCAGGCCUAGGCGUCGGCAACACCGGCAAUCUCUGUCCACUCACGUCUCCGAUGGCAACCGCAGGUGGCAAAACGAACUCUCCGAUUGCCGAUGGACAAUCGGUCUCCACCGGUUUCAACGCCCUCCUCUCGACGCCCAACGCCUCUGCGCUUCCUCCCCCCUUCGGGUCGUCCGGAGUCAACAACUCUAUCGUCUCGUCGCCUAUGCCCGGUCUGCCCGGUCUGCCCGGUCUGCCUGGUCUGCCUGGCGACCCCUUCGGCUUGGCGGCGAUGGCCAUGGCCAUGGGUCUCCGAUUCCCUUUUCCCGGACCGGUUGGACCGCCGCAUCUGUCCGGCUUUCCUCCUCUCCAGCCAUUGCCUCCGCUUGGGCUCGCUCCGGCCUCACUUGCACCACCCGCCUCACCCAUACCAACCACUUCGCUCCCUCCCUCUCCGGGCAACUCACCGACUGGCAACAACUGCACAAUGUCGUCGUUGCGAAUGAUGCCAACUGAGGCGGUAGGCUCGACCACCUCAACGAUCAACAGCACAACCACUGACUCGAACAAGACGACAAUAAACCGUUUGACCGAUGGUGGCCUUCUCUUCAUGCCCAGUCUGUCUUUUGCACAAUCUGAGGCUGACGGAAUUGGGCUAAAAUGUGACAAUUUUCUACCCUCGACGACUGCUUUGACCUUGUCAGCUUGCCCUACGCCAACCGGAACAACUGGACGAGUCGGACCAAAUGCACCAAAUGGAUCAAACAGACCAACCGGACCAACUGGCGGUGUAGCAGACUCCGUUAGCACUAGCGACCUUGUAACCACUUGUCCCGCCUCGACUUUGUCACCGAGACCUGGUAGUCCAGCCAGCGACUUUUUGGCACCCUUCAAACCCGCCAGCCUCACGACUACUGCCAGGCCGGCCAGUUCGGAUGGUCAAUUGGGUGGACUCAUCUGCCAGUCUCCAGAUCGUGGCUCGAUUGGCCUCGAGCCCGUCGGCCUAAUCGCUUGUCCAUGCGGGGCCAGAUUCGACGAGCCCACAACGUAUCUGGUGCACAUUGCCGCCUGCCCAAUGCUUGCUCAACUUGCAUGUCUUACCAUACAGCCUCCCCACCUCAAUUACGGCCUUCAUCUCCCCGGUCUACCUCCCCUCCCAGCAUCAAUCCUUCCGCCGCCGCCGCCACCUCAGCCGCAACCACACUCGGUUCAAGGGUCACUUGCGCACUCACCAGUUGUCAAUGCUCCCCAGUCUCCGGCCGGUAUGAGUUUGACUCAAUUACAACUUCAGGCCGACUCUACGGCACACCUCAAUGUCCCCGCCGUCUAUUCUACAUCUGCCAGUGAUGCAUCGACGUUGCUGAAGUCCAAUGGUUUCUCGAGCACCAGCCUUUCGGACCAUCUCGUGUCCACUGUUUCUAUAUCAACUUCGACAUCCGUUUCUUCAUCCUCAUCCUCUUCAUCUUCCCUUUCCAGCCCAUCUGGCGGCGCUUCUUUGGCCAAUUUUCCGUCCACCACCCCAGGGUCACAGGGUCCUUUGGAGCUGCCUCAACUUAGUUCAUCGCCCUUUCCACUGGCGGUUUCGUCGGGAGGGCAUUUGCUGCGACCUGCGUCAUGUUCUUCGGUUACAGGACCCUCGGGUCCUCGAGGACUCUGCCCAACUAGUCCAGAUUCGGCUUGCCUGAUGCCGGUUAAGUCGGUCAGAUCGAAUCACUCGCAGUCGACUUUGGCUCUCGGCUCACCAGGCGAAGAUGAAACUCGCACAACUUUAGCCCCUUCGGCGGUAACACCAGCCUCGGGAGAGUCUAAAGAUUUGACCAUGCCGACGGGUCAUCCUUUACUGCCGCCUUUUAUGUCCUUUCCACCCCUGCCGAUUCCACCGCAUGGCUUCGGCGGGGAGGCCUUGACGGCAAUGAUCGCCACUAUGAAUGCUCUUUUUCAGCAACCCUGCCAACAUUCAAGCUUGGAGGCAUUAAUUUCACUCUUGGGCAGAGGAGACGCCUCAGACUUUAUCGCGGCCGCUUCUGGAGGCUUUAGUGAUUGGUUUAAAAUGACCUCCGGUCAGUUUCGGGAAGAUGAGGAUGAGCUUCAAAAGCCUGAUGAGUCCGAUACGGAAAUGGAAAUGGAGGAAGCAAAGCCAAUACAGUAUCAAAAGGUAACAUUCCAUACCGGUGAUCCAAACGGGCCUGAGACGUCUGUUCAGAAACAAAGCGCUCAAGAGACUGAAGUAGCUUCUUGUGAAGAGGAUGUCAAGACUAAGGCCAAAUUCACUCCUCUCCUGGUUACCAGUCAGAAGGAGUGCCUUACACAGAUGCCUCGUCGACACGGAUCAAAACACAAACCAGAACAAUGUCAAAACAACUACGAGGCAGGCCUGGCAGGUCAAGAAAGGCUCAAGGCAGAAGAAAUCAAGAAAUCGCUUGACAUGAUGCCUCGUGACCAUAUGUCGUACAGCAACAGCCCUAACAACCCGUCUACCGGUGAGCAGAGCCUCAUCUAUGCUUCGAGCAAACUGACAUUUCCGAGGCUGACCACGAAGGAGGAUCAAAGUGUUGCCGAUGGGCAAUGUGAUUUGGCCCCCAAGUGUACUGAAGGGCAUGAAAAGGAGUCUCCAGACAAAAGGAAGACACUUAAAAAGCUAAAGGCUAGGAAGGAUGAAACAAAUUUGGCGAGAAUAAAGGCCAAACUUAAGACGGAUCUCAUGAAUGAAUGCGACACCGCCAGGCAGUCGGAUUCGCUGAAGGGAUAUGAAGAACGAGCUGAGUAUGCAGCAAAAUUGGCCAAGCAACAGGAUACGGAUGAAACAGAAAAGGAUUGGGAAGAGGAAAAUGGAAUGAAUAGGCAAAAUGAGAGGCAUGAGGAAGAGGAGGAGGAACAGGAGGAACAGGAGGAAGUGAAAGAGGAGGAAGAGGAAGAGGAGGAGGAGGAUGGGGCGAAUGGGGAUGCGGAUGCGGAGGAUAAAGAAAAUGAACAUGAGAACAAUGCUUUCGUAGAAUCAGACGAUGCCAGGAGAGCAUACAGUCUGCACCGGUUGCAGCAACACGAGGAGCAGCAGCAAUCGCUUCGUCGCCGACUUCAGGAGGCCUGUUACACUUUUUCGGGUGCCGAUGAGGCGCAGCAGUUCUUCAUGUCCUCUCUUUCCUCGAGCACCAUUGGCCAGUCGACAGGACCAUUUUUUAAAGCGGCCGCCGCCACUAUGGCUGAAAUGUUGGCGGCCUAUUCGUCUUCUCCGUCUUUGGUACCUGCCGCUGCCGGCUACCCUUCAGACGUGCAAUCCAACCAUCUCCAUUCCGGCUAUCCCGACAGCCUGAGCCCACCUUCGUUGACGUCUUCGGCUGACGUUAAUCUGUCGAGAGGGCAACGACUGUCGGCAGAAGCGCCAUAUCCGUCGACACCGACUGUCGCCUACGAGGUGAACCCUUCGAGACUGUUGCACGCCGCGAUUCGCCUUCGCUGUAGUCGGCCCAACGACGAAGAGGUUGACACCGAAGCAGAAGCCGAGACUGAUGCUGAUGCUGAUGCCGAUGUUGAGCUGGAUCCGGAAGCAGAGAUGGAUGGUGAAUUGGAGCCCGGUGAAGAGGCCGGCCUUCCAUUUGGUCAGGUCGACCUGUCGACGGUGGGUCUUUCGACAACCGGUGGUUUUGGGUGUAGCGGAGGCAUUGGAUCUGCGAUUGGCAGCAACAUUUGCGAUCAGUGCGGCAAAGAGUUCAGCUCACGCCUAUCUCUGAAGCAACACAUGGAGGGAAAGCACAGCGCUGAGGGCAAGUACCAGUGUCCCGGAUGUGCAAAACGCUAUCGCUGGGGUGCCUCUUAUUAUUAUCACAAAAAGUCAUGUCCUGCCGUUCGUGAUCCAGUCCAGACAGCCUCGACUUUGGCUGCUCUGCCAACGCCAGCGGGAGACUUUAUUGGCCCAAUGGCCGCGGCCACAGCCGCCAUGCUGAUGAUGAGCAUGCUCCCGACAGUCGGGCAAGAGGGACAAGCUUUGCUGCCCAUCGAGACUGGCUCCCCAUCGAGGAUGGACACGUUUGGCCGACUCGUCGAGACCGAAGCCGCAGCCGCAGCCGAAGACGAGGACGAAAACGAAGACGAAACCGAAGUCGAGGCAGAAGCUGAAACUGACACCGAGAUUGAGGCGAAUCGAGACGCCUAUUUGGCCCAGGAGCCGAUGGCUGGCCCGAUCUGCCUGAAUCCGCUUCUUCAACCGCCGAUCCCCAACUACCAGAUCGGCAUCAGCACAAGCACAGGCACAGGCACCAGCACAAUCAUGGACACCACUUCGGCCAGUCUGAUCACUUCACCGUCAUUCUCCUGUUCUCCUCCUCUUCCCUCACCGCUCACUGGACUUUCUAGUCUGGCUACACUCGGCUUGACGCCCACUCUUUUCAACUACAACAGCUCGUCUAGUCCAACCCACCUCGACGUGUCAAGUGACGCCUGUACAAUCGCCACGAAUAAUGGACCUUCGAGUCCGGAUGACUCGGGCAAAUCGACAGCAAUCAGCGACCUGUGGGCUUCAUCAACUCCGGAACUCCUCAAUACAGCCUCGAGUGGCCAGAGACGAAGUCAACCCGUCCACAGACUGGCGCCCACUCGUUACGGUACCGACCGAGGCAAGACUGGAGCUAGUCUCAACGACGGGCAAGUUGACGAAGUAGUCUGGCGACGGAUGACUGGUGGUGAAGCGAGAAACGAAUCAACCAGUCCUGAACUCCACCAAAGACGACUGAUGACUUUCAAAUGUGACCUACCCUCCUCGAUGGACAACACUCGGCGACGAGGUCUUUCGGCGCUCUCUCGACCGCACAGUGUCGACAGAAAGGACUACGAGGAGACUGGCCGGAACGGAGUGAAAAGGAUGACGACGACAACAAUGAUGACGAGUUUGGGCGAAGACGAGGAGAGAGAUGAGGAAGCUGAGACUGAGAAAAAGCAGCAGACCAUUUGUGCCCGCGACUCGUGGCUACACCGAGCUGCAUCAGUCGAGACCCCGACGCCCUGCUCUGUUGAACGGACCAUUCUAAACCGCCAGCGGGCUAGUGGACAGGUUGUGGCGUCACGCGACACCUUUCAUCUCCUGCCUCAGUCCGCAUCAUGCAACUGCACAACAGCGGAAGGUGGCCUCUGUCCGGGAGUUGGUUAA